GGACCCGAGUCCGACGCGGAAACUGAAUGCUGGGCUCGCGUUCCAGCGGAGGCACACGGGAGAGUGGUCCAUCGAGAAGCUUUCUCCCCAUCCCGCAGGGCGUCUCACUGCCUCCGACGGCGGGCUUCCGGCUAGCGACCACUGCUUUCCCACCGGCGGCCACCAGUACCAGAGAAAGGUUGGGAGCUGGUGUUGAAAAUUGCCCUUGAAGGAUGCCUAAGAUAAAGACAAGCCGUGUCAAAUAUCCUGAGGGAUGGGAGCUUAUUGAGCCCACACUUCAUGAACUAGAGGCAAAGAUGAGGGAAGCUGAAAAUGAUCCACAUGAUGGAAAGAGAAAGUGCGAAUCACUUUGGCCUAUCUUCAAAAUAGCACAUCAAAAGAGCCGUUACAUAUAUGAUCUCUACUAUCGGAGGAAGGAGAUAUCGAAGGAGCUGUAUGAGUUCUGUUUGGAUCAGGGCUAUGCAGAUCACAAUCUUAUUGCGAAAUGGAAAAAGCCAGGUUAUGAGCGCCUUUGUUGCCUUCAGUGCAUGCAGACACGAGAUCACAAUUUCACCACCACUUGUGUCUGCAGGGUCCCUAAACACUUGAGGGAAGAAAGGGUUAUAGAAUGCGUCCACUGUGGUUGCAAGGGUUGUGCUAGUGGAGAUUAAUGAUUCUGUUUGAGAUAUAUUUUACUUGGUUUAACCAUAAACCACUGCUUUGAUAUAAACCAGCCACUGAAACUUUCGGCUUGUGUCAUCUAUUGCGAAUUAACUCUUAUCUUGUAUUGCCCCAAGGAUGAUCCAUGUGAAUGUAGUGUUAAGCCCUAACAUCGUCAGCUUCUUGAUAUUAUACUAAGGGAUUGGAGGGCAUGCUCCAUUGUCAGUUGCUGAUUCCGGAAUUCAUGUUGAGCCUUGCUGCUAAAUCACAAUAUCUGAGUUAUUUAGCUAUAUUGGUGAAUUAUUUCCUAUGCA